CAGCUUGAUUUUUUUCAUGACAGUACCUAUUUGUUACCCUACGGGCAUAGAUGUUGCACCCCUGCCUUCUGACCCUUGAAUGAGUCGAAUGCUGAUUUCUAUCUCAAGUGGAUGGCGUCCUUAGAGCAAAGUCCAUGUCCAAAGAUAAGCUUCUAGGCGCCGUUGUCUCAGUAGGGUUUGGAUUUUGUAGCUUGAUUUUUGGCUGGGAUAUCCACGAUCCAGUCUGCACCCAGGAACUGACCAUAUCAAAUAAAGAGAACGGUUACUGCGACCUAAUGGCUUCGAUAGACUUAUCAACAUUUCGUUGUAUACCUUGGGAAAACAACGUGCUAUUUUCCCUUGUGUCAUUUUUUGAUCCGAAGACUUCAGCGCCCAUUUGUGCGGAUCCUAGGGGUGUUCUGCACGGCUGCUCAUGGUAUGGAAUGUAUUUUUGGUGUGCAGUUUGAGUACUUUCAUUUCAAAGAGAUCCCUGAGCCUGCGGCUCAAAAGCGCUUUACCCAGUUGGAGCCAUUAACUUCGGGAAGUAAGCAAAGUAGCCGUUUGUUGCGUAUUCGCUGAUCAGAUGUCAACGCAGGGCAUGAAUAACGCUUCCUGCGUAAUUAGCUGAGCCAAGAAUGCGCUGUUCGAUGGGAGUCUGAAAUUUGGCAUAGAUAUCAUAUCGA